AUGACUUUAUCCCCAAUUCAAAGAGCAAACUUUGCUACUAUAUCUCGUCUUUUAUCUUGUGUUAUUAAUGAACACCUUGUUAAAGCUUUUUACCAAUCAUUCCAACAUGAUUCUUCCGAAUUGAUCCAUUCUUUUGCAAAAUCGCCCUUAAAUAACGGUGUUAUUUUCGUUCUACCAGAAAAUGAUAAAAUCAUGUCUAUUAAUAAUAAUAUUAUUAUCAUUCCCAUGUUAUAUGAACCAAUUCUUUCAAAGGAUCAGGAUAAUGAUUCAACGCUAAUAAAAGUUGAUUUUGUAGAUCCUUGGGAUAUGUCAGCGCCAAUUUAUCAAAUAAGAUACGAACCUUUUCAGUUUGUAAGUCUUGACAAAUUGAAAUCAAUUAUAGCUCAUCCUAUGAAUAAAAGAGAAAAGAUCAAUCCAUCUGAAUUUAUGAGUUUAUUGAGCGGAUGGGUGAAUUUAGGUGAUGACAAACUCAUCGGCACAUUAUGUGCAGAGUUAGAAAGUUCUGUUAAAUUUCAAGUUCUAUUCCCAGUUCAGUUACCAAAUAUAGAAGAAAAAUUUCCCUAUGUCAAGAUUCUUCCAGUCGAGCAUUCAAUCGAAGCACAUAGUCAAGCUUCACUUCGAGCUCUCGUGGUUCCAGAUGUUCCUGAAUUUGCAUUUAAACUUUCCUUAGGAAUUUUGCAUUCGAAAAAAUGCCCUACCAUUAACUUUGAUUAUUGUAUAACAAGAGCAGAACAAGUUUCUCAAUCAAUAGAAACAAUAG